UCCAUACGUAAAUAUUGAACACAGUGCUGCCAACAAAUAAAUCUAAAAAUCUAAAUCUGUAAAUUUAUCAAUAACACUAUGAAUUAUCUAAUACAGCGAGGCAAGGCACGCCAACAGGCAAUCAAUGUGCCCGAUGGAUUCCCCGAACUUCUAUCCGAUAUAACACGGGAAGUGCUGCGUUGCCAGCCCACAAAGGAGUGCCUAUGCCAGUUCAUCAUUGACUAUCUGCACUCGCUGAUUGUUACACGAGAGAAGGCCAUGGUGGCCAAAAGCAUACUCGAUCGCGCUUUGCGACAAGUUGAUAGCAUUAUAUCUGAUUUAUGUGUUUGCGAGCUGUCGCAGGAGAAGUCUGAAAUGAUGGCAUCGGUUAUGGAGGAAUGUUUCCGCAACUUUCUCGAAAAGCGUCGCUGUGAGAUGCGUCGCGGCAAGGAGGCCAUCAAAUUUGCUGACAUUGAUAUGUUGUCGGAACUGUUGGAGAAAUGCAAGUUCAGCGAAGAGGAGCUGGACUCUUCGCGUCCGGCUAUUGAGAGCGCCUACAAGCGCUUCGUGGAUGCCUACAUGGCAGCAGCUACCGAAUCCCAAGGUACUGAGUUGCUUUAUCAGUAUUUCCGGGAUCGCGAGCUAAAGCGUAUUGAUGAAAUGAUGCGCAACCAGGCGGCCAUUACUAUACAGGCAGCCUUUCGUGGUUAUAUCGUGCGUCGAACAAUGGCGCUCCAUGUCUGCACUUGCACCUGCAUGAUGGAUGACGAGGAGGACGAAGAGACUAAGCGUCAAGAUGCUGCGGCGCGUAUUAUACAACGCUUCUUCCGCUGGGUGAUGGCACGCCAGGCUAUUAAACCGAUUGAUGAUCCCUGUGUGGACAAAGAAACUCCGCCUUCGAAAGACGACGGCUCUUCACCGCCUACACUGGCAGUUGAAAGUGCCGCUGAAGUUGCGCCUGCUGCCGCCGAAUCAGCCGCUGCAGUUGGAGCAGAAGCAAGUGGCGAGGCUGCAGCAGAUGAAGCUGAGCCUGCUGCAGCAGUUGCUGAAGAAGCAGCACCAGCUGCUGCAGCAGCAGCUACCGAAGAAGCUGCUCCAGCAGCAGCAGAGCCAGCAGCAGCAGAGGCACCUGCUGAAGCUGCGCCCGAAGCGGCUGCAGAAGCGCCGCCCGAAGCAGCAGCGCCAGCAGCAGCAGAAGAAGCUGCCGCUCCAGCUGCUGCUGAGGAGCCAGCACCAGCAGCGCCGGCUGAGGAGCCAGCUCCAGCACCGCCAGCAGAGGAAGCACCACCUGCAGCUGAAGCUGAGCCACCAGCAGCUGAGGCGCCAGCUGAGUAAGAGCGCGCAUAUUAAUUUGUUAAUUGUUUAUUGAACUCUCAAACGGGCUUGUAAAUUAUUUCGAUGUGUAGCCAACAAAUUAAAGCGA